GUCACUAGAUCUGGGUGAGUUUCGUUCUCUGCAACAAACACCGUGGAUCAUGCAACAGACAGUGUACAGCAGUGCAAGCCACACAUCAGUCUUCCACAGAGGAAGGAGCGCAGCUGCCAGCACAGUCUGGAAUCUAGUUUAUUUCACCGAUGAGACAACAGCAGAGUGAGAAGCUACUGAUACAAGCUGAGCUGCAGGCGCAGUUGGAGUUCAUCUAUGGGAUGUAUACAGCUGGACAUGGAUUAAUGGUACCUGCGUUCACCGCUUUGGAUUUAGUUAAUUAAGACACUGCACAACUCUGCGUCUCUUUCUGUCUCCUCUUUGAAGCCGGUGCGCCAAGAACAGGUGGAGCCCUUCUUGUGUUCACCUUUAUCCCCCCUCAUCCAUCUGUCACGUUUAUGGGGAAUCGAGUGGAAAAACUAACGCAUUUAAAUUACGCAGAGGUGCCCACGUCGGACCCAAAUGGGUUCGAUCCGGGGGACGAUGGACCGCGGAUUGGUGUGUCUUACAUUUUCUCCAACGACGACGACGACGACCAGGACGACAACUAUGACCACUUUCCAUCAGAAAUACACACGGCAAAUCAUGAAGAGAAGCAAUUCGACGCCCAGGACGAGCUGGAGUGCGCGAUUUACUAUCGAGAGGAGUGCAUAUACGAAAGAAAGACCGGAGCCGCGACAUAUACUGCGGAAAGUCUCCUGAACAAGUGUACACAGGGAGACCUACUAGAGUUUGUGGCCACUGGGCAGUAUACCCACUGGGCUGUUUACGUUGGGGACUUUCAGGUAGUUCAUUUGCACCGUUCCGAGAUAAAGAAUAACUUUCUCACCGAUGUCAGUCAGGGCAAAAAAGGCAGGAUAGUGAACGGCCUCUACAGGUACCGUGCGCUUCCGCCGGAGGUGAUUGUGCGUAACGCCCUGGACCAUGUGGGCACGAGAGACGGAGAGCUGAAAUGGAGAAACUCGGAGUGUUUUGCUGCCUGGUGCCGCUUUGGAAAACGGGAAUUCAAAAUUGGAGGAGAAAUACGGAUUGGAAAACAGCCAUACAGAUUAAAAAUGGGCUUUUCAGAGAAGAAGAGUCAUGUCCUGGAGUUUCAGAGCCUGGAGGACGUGAUCAUAGAGAAGAGGAGGAACGAUCAGAUUGGUAAAGAUGCUGUGACGCAAGAGCUGGCCAACCACCUGAACGCAACACAUGAAAUUAAAGAGGAGCAUUUCGUCAACUGAUAGACGCUGGCCAUCUGGUGUUGGAGACCAAUUCAGAGUGAAGAGAGAGAACUGCAGAUGAUUGUGUGUCAACUUUUGAAGAUUCCCUUCUGUUGCUUUGUACAGUAUCUAAACAUCACACAGCUUUACCCACUCAGACUAUUUUGUGGCUAGAAUUCACAGCUACGCCUGUGCACUUUUGACUCAUCUGUUUUGACAGUUUAUUUUUUGGAGAAAAAAAAAGAUGUUUGUAUGAAAGGACUAUGGAAAUAAAUCUAUAUUUGAACAGUGAAGUUUCUCUCUUU